CUUUAACAAUCACCACAACUACUCCGACAACGACCACAACGCCUAGGCCGACAACAGCGACCACGGCCACAGCAAAAACAACACAUAAGGCAACGAUAACGUCGGAGAAAACAGAGAAUACAGAAAAAACUACUUUAAAAAAAUAUAAACGAUGCAGAGCGCCCCCUAGGGUUGAGAAGACCACAGCGUCCGAAAGAUUCAAGCCCCACAUAACCUCUCCACACCAGACUGUUGUUACCUACAAAUGUAACGCAGACUUCGAUAAGCGUGGAAUGACGUCAACUUUAACGUGCGUUGAUGGCGAAUGGACGUCAGCCGACGUCAUUUGCGUGAAUAGCACAACGGUGAGGUCAGAGAUAAAAGAGACUAUUGAAACAACCACUAAAAAUGGGAUACCAUCAGCGUUCUGUGAGGCCCCGGAUAUUGACUUUUCCAUCACUUGGGUGUUCAACAACAUGACAAAGAUGGAUGAUCUAUCUGGUACCCGGCAUCCAGAUGGCACUGUCCUCACUGUGGUGGACCCCCGAUGCUCCCAUCGUGGAACCGGAAACUAUACCUGCCAUGAUGGCCAAUGGGUCGCUUAUGCACACUGCAAUCCAGAUCGGUGUGUGUACGACAGGACCCGAUAUGUCUUCAAACCAAACAUUACUGCGGACGGAUUAGACCGAACCACGGAAUACCUAAACUCGGGAACAUUCGUGCACGUAGAAUGCGCUGCACCGAAUGGGAUACCAGGAUAUGACUCUACGUGCCGAGAUCUUCGUUGGGAUCCAGCCCUGCCGAAUUGCGAUGGAGGAAACCAACACAUAUCCAAUAAACAAGAAACAAGAAUUAUCGCCUCAGUGGUACCUUCGGUGUUGUUACUCGGUGCAGUCAUUGCUCUCGCUGUUUAUUGCAGUAAACUUAGAAGAAAGCAAACAGAAAAUCUAACAGACACAAACUAUUUCACAACAACGGAGGUGUUAACGGACAAAUCCAACAACGAGAUGCUUGACAAAUACACAGAGACAGAGCAGGCUAGGGGAACGAAUCGUUAACGAUGCGUCUUACAAAAACGCAAUUUCAUCAAAAUCACAGUUUGUUUGAUGCAAGUAGAACAAAAAUAAAUGUAAGCACGUAUGCUAUACAAUGGCUAAGUUUGAAAAUGAAAUGACGUUCCAAUUAUUGAAGAUACAAACGAUAAUGUUCAUUACCGUUUUGUACACGACAUCACCCCUCGAAAAAUUGUUGUUACAUCUAUGAAAUGUUCUACAUUUAGAAACAUAUUUUUAUUUGAUGUGUGUUCUAAAUCUUCUGAAAGUUGCAUAACGAAUUUGUAAUUUAUCUGAGAUAAUGGCUUAUAUUUGUGCAUGGAUUGUGUAUUUGAACUAAAACACAGUUUAUCUAGUUGUAGUUAUGUUUUUGUAAAACCAUUUUGCAGCUUUUUCAAAACAUUAAUGAUACAAAUAUAAUUGAUAAACCAGCUUAAGAUGGUAUUCAAACGGAAAAAUUAUAGGACUUUCGUUCAUUGCGGCUGUAGACGAGUUUUUGCAUAGCAAGAUAAAUUGGAGUAUGUGACUUAAUUCGUAUCUUCUGAGGUCUCUAAAAUGAUAUGGGCAAUUAAUGCUAGUAGAUUGUGCCCAUUGAUAUUAUAAUUAGGAUAUUCUUUUGUACACCUUAUUCACCUGUUUGUCAAAAGUAUUUGUUUCUAUACAUAGCAUACAUUUAUAAAACUAAUCUAGAUUCCUACCUAUGAUAAUCAAUAACAAGUGUUAACUUAUGUUGUCCAUUUCGCGUUUUCCUCGCAUUCAUGCAGCUUUUCCGUUACGAACAUCUAUACUUGCCAUAAUACUAAGCGUCGAAAUGAAUAGCAAUUAUACUCCUAUACAAGGGAAACGAACGGAUAAACGUGAUGUAUGCACUUCUGGCAUUGACAUCGUUGUGCGAACUCAGUUAUUAUGCAGAAAAGGGAUAGUGAAACGACCAAUAAAUUUCAUCUGAGCGAAGCUGAAAAAGACGACAUUUCAAGGAAACUGGAUUAUCUGUUGAAGGGUGACGUAGACGUCAUAGUUAGCUCAGUUGUAUAAACAGUUAUACCGCAACUCGUCAGUGGUAUAAAAGAGUCAAUAAACAGUAAAACUUGUUACUUACAACAAGAAAACCAUGCACUCAAAGAACAUAUACUUGAGCUUCAAAUGCAAGCUGAUCGUGCGGAACUAUAUAGCCGCCGAAACUGCCUACGAGUAAAUGGGACUCUGAUACUGGAGCUGAGGGCACGGACGACAUAAUCAUAGCCAUGGCUAACCGCCUAGGCGCAAAACUAUCCAAUGAUAUGUUUGAUCGAUGAAUAGACAAGUUGCUUACGCGUUAAUUUUGUGUGUCAUUAAGAAAUGUUUUUCUUGCAUUAUUACAUGCAUACCUGAAAUUGGGAUGUUUUCCUUUGUUUACAUUACUAUUAAUUAUGUUGCUUUAUAAUCCAGUUUAUUUUUAAUUUUUGCAUUUCCUUUCCAUCGUUUGCUAUUGUGCGAAAUAUGCAAGUUUUUAGAACUAAAAAUAUGAUCAUUGAAUUAUAUUUAGGGUUAUUAAUGCUUUUAAAUGUUUAUACACAAUAUUAAUUACUAUUGCUUUGUAUACUUGCUUUGUACUAAAAUUUAAUGUAUAUAGCUUUUUGCUACAUUAUAUAUAUAUA